GUUGUUGAAUUUUCCUCUGACGUGAGCCAAUUAUUAAUAUAAUAAUAGAAAUAAGUUGUUAUCUCGAAGAAGAAAGGAGCAAUCGAAUUGAAUCGAAGAGUGAAGAAAGAUGCUUCCCUCAUUUCUAAGCCUGGUGUCAGUGUACAGCCUCUACCUCCGACGCUGCUUCACGGGCGCGGGGCUCUCAUCGCAGACGCUUAGAGUGGACGACGAAUCCACGCUCCACUUCUGGGCCCCGACAAACCCAACGGCCCAGAAGCCUUCCCUGGUUCUGAUCCACGGGUUUGGGCCGGAGUCCAUAUGGCAGUGGCGCAAACAGGUCCAAUUCUUAGCCCCUCACUUCAACGUGUACGUUCCGGACCUAAUAUUCUUCGGAGGAUCGAGCACCAAGUCCAGCGAAAGGAGCGAAACGUUUCAGGCAGCGUCGGUGGGGAAGCUUUUGGACAAGUUGGAGGUUGAGAAGUUCCACGUGGUGGGGACGAGUUAUGGGGGCAUGGUGGCUUACAAUUUGGCCAAGAUGUUGGGUGAAGACAGGGUGCAAAAAGUGGUUAUUGCUAGCUCCGGUGUGAACAUGAUCAAGAGCAGCAACGUGGCGUUGGUGCAGAGGGCGCAACUGGAGAAGAUUGAGGAUCUGAUGCUGCCUCCUACGCCACAACACUUGCGAAUAUUGAUGAAGUUCUCCAUCCACAAGCCUCCCCAACUCUUGCCUGAUUUUUUACUCCGGGACUUCUUGGCUAAAUUAUACGGAGAAAAUAGGAAGGAAAAAAUGGAGCUUCUGAAAGGGUUAACCGUCGGAAGGGAUGAUACUUCAAGAAUUUCACCUCUUCAACAAGAGGUUCUCAUAGUCUGGGGAGAAGAAGACCGAAUAUUUCCGCUGAAGUUGGCCCACGAACUAAAAGAGAUAAUCAGUAAAAAGGCAAGAUUGGAAUUGAUAAAGGAGGCAUCCCAUGUGCCUCAAAUGGAAAAGCCAAGAGAAUUCAACAACAUUCUCCUAAAUUUCUUACAGGAGCAUUCUUGAGUAAUUUUUUAAAAGCAUUGUUAUAUACAUUAGGAGCAUAAUCUGUCUACAUGUGAACGAGAAGUGCUACAACAAGCGAAUACGAAAACCAAAACUCGCAUGCUAUUGUUAGAGUGACCUCUAAUAUUUUAUAUAUUUCUGCAAUUAUACUAUUGUUUUAAAUUAUACUUGGGAAUCCCCCACAAGUUAACUAGUCCAUAAAGUAGUUAUAAGACAGAUUUUUUUGCGUCAUUCAUGGUUAAUUAUAAGAUUAUCAUCGUACAUGCAUGCAUAUGAAAUAUAAAGUUAUACCGAGGAAGUUGGUUAUGUGUCUGUUUAA